UAUGAAAAUGGUAUAUUCAGCACGUUUUUUGUUGGGAAUAAGGUUCCAGGCCAAUUCAGCUAUAAAAGUACCAAGUCUUCGAUAUCUUUUAUUGUCCCUUUACUACUUGCUAAUCACAGAAUUCGAGGCUUGAACAUCUUUGCUACUUAUGCAAAGGAGCAGAAUUAUAAUAAUUCUUUUAAUCCAAUAAUGACUAAAGUGAGUAACAAGAGUAAGGGUCUGAAGUGGAUCUAUGGCCCAGAGUUCUAUGGAAUUCCAGGAGAGGGAGAACAUAUGAUAUGGUUGAGCCAUUGGAAGAUGGAUAAUGAAACAAUAUUACAAUGUGGAGAUGAAGUGCUUGUUUCAGUACACAUGAGACCUAGUCAGUUUCAGCUCAAGGAGUUUGGUGUCGAGCUUGUGCAAGAGCACCAAGACAAGAUGAGUACCCAACACAACACCAAAUCAGGUCCUAAUUAUCCAUUUGUUAUCGGUGGAGAUUUGGAUACGUGGAAGUGCAGACCGGGAAUAUACUUCCUUGGCAGUAGGACAAGAGAAGAUACUGACGACAUUGAUAUCCUCACCAUGGACUGUGAUGAAGAAGACACAACCAAAGAAGGGCAAGAGAAUGAACCUGAUUACACAAUUGCAAAGACGAGGGUUGCUAGCAAAAACUGCAGUCUCGAACGCUGGAAGGUGCUCCUCACAACUGCUGGCUUCUUUUUCACGCUUGCUCUAGUAGUUCAGUCCUCCAUCUCCCAGAAACUGAAGCGACAGUAGUCCACAAGGCUUCCAUGAGUUUAUAAUUUGACUUGAUAUAGAUAUAUCUUUACAUUCCUUACUCGCAAGAUGUUUUCUACCUUCAAGUGCAAUGACGGUUCUAGAAUUCAUACAGCCGACCCCAUUUAGUAAAAUAAGACUUUAUUGUUAUUAAACUGUUUGUGCGGUAAGAACUAAGCGUGAAAAAUAUCUUGUUUUGUAGUCUCUGGUUUGAACAUUAAAGAAAAUCCAAUGCCAUUAUGUGUUUAAACCAAAA